AUGGAAAGAAAAAACAAGUUGGAGAAGAAAGACGGAGAAAAAGAAAGAAAGAAUACGAGGAUGCGGAUGGGCGAAAGAGUGUCGUGGUGUUGGGCGCUGAUAGUAUUAUUGGCACUAGAUUGUAGUUGUGUUGUGUAUUCUUCGUCGUCGUCGUCGUCGUCUUGGGCUGUAGAUGGGAAGGUGUUGGAGCUGGACGACUCCAACUUCGAUUCGGCCAUUUCGGCCCUGGACUUGGUCUUGGUUGAUUUCUACGCCCCAUGGUGCGGCCACUGCAAGCGCCUCUCUCCUCAGUUGGAUGAAGCUGCCCCCUUGCUUGCUGGCUUGAAACAGCCAAUAGUGAUAGCAAAACUUAAUGCUGACAAGUUUACCUCUCUAGCUCGAAAAUAUGAAAUUGAUGCAUAUCCUACCCUGAAGCUCUUUAUGCAUGGCGUCCCCAUAGAAUAUAAUGGACCCAGGAAAGCAGAUGCGCUUGUUCGUUAUCUGAAAAAGUUUGCGGCUCCUGAUGUUUCUAUACUUGAUUCAGACUCUGCUAUUAGCGACUUUGUCCAAGCAGCUGGAACUUACUUUCCUAUAUACAUUGGUUUUGGCUUGAAUGAGUCAUUGAUAUCAAAGUUAGCUAUAAAGUACAAAAAGAAGGCCUGGUUUUCAGUUGCAAAGGAUUUCUCUGAGGAUGUAAUGGUAUUGUAUGAUUUUGACAAAGUUCCUGCUUUGGCAUCCCUUCAUCCAACUUACAAUGAGCACAACAUCUUCUAUGGCCCCUAUGAAGAGGAGUUUUUGGAAGAGUUUAUAAGACACAGUUUGUUCCCUUUGGCCAUGCCCAUAAAUUAUGAGACAUUAAAAUUGUUGAGCGAUGAUGAAAGGAAAAUUGUUUUGACAAUUGUGGAGGAUGAGGAUGAAGAGAAAUCAAAGAAACUGAUCAAGAUUUUGAAAUCAGCUGCAUCUGCAAAUCGGGAUUUUGUCUUUGGUUAUGUUGGGAUCAAACAGUGGGAAGACUUUGCUGAUACAUUUGGAGCCAACAAGAAGACAAGACUUCCAAAAAUGGUUGUUUGGGAUCGAAUGGAGGAGUACUUUACUGUGAAUGGUUCAGAAAGCAUUGAUGAGGAAGAUCAGGCAUCUCAAGUCUCACAGUUCCUGGAAGGAUAUAAGGAAGGAAGAAUAAUAAAGGAAAGAAUUGGUGGUCCAUCGUUUAUGGGUUUUAUGUCUUCAAUUAUUGGGAUUGGAACUGUAUACAUAAUUGGUUUUGUGGUUGUGGUAAUGAUGCUUAUUAGAUCAAUCAAUAAAGGAGAAGAUGAACAUCCUGCGGUCGCUACUGGCGACCAGAUUGAUCAUGCUAGCAGUGAGGCCGAAAGCAGAGAGCAGAAAUCUGGAGAAAAGGAAGAUUAG